AACAUGAAGUUACAUACGCUUUGAAUGAUUGUAACAUACACUUUGAAUGAUUGUAAUAAAGCAGAGUAAUAUUUUUUUAUUUUUUAACUUUUUGACGUCUAACAAUCACAUUGAUCUAUAAUACAUGAUCGACAAGGAAUAAAUUAACUUCACCCGCCUCGAUCUUCUCCCUCUGAUUUGAUCUCAUCGGAUGUCUUUUAAAACACGUUCAAUAUCAAAAUUAGCAUAUAUUACAUGGGUCAUUUAGCUAAAAUUUACAAGAUUUACCAGUUUUUUUACAGAAUUCUACCCGUAAAUUUUUCUUUAAAAAAAUCCACCUAGGUCAAUUGACCUACAUGCCAACACCUUGGUUCCGCCACUGCCUACAACUCUACUUUGGCUUUCAAUAACCGUUAGGCUAUUUAAUGAUUUCUCUUCAGAAUCGCCUCUAUGUACUCCACUUGCUUCUAUAUUUUCUAACAAAGAAAAAGUUUCAUCCAAAAAGGAAAGUUUCCUUUAGGAGAUAACCUGAAGAUUGUAAAGAAUAUUUGAAAAGAUUUUGGGUUGGAGUUCUCCACUUUUGAGAUACCCAACAAGAUAAAUACAUUAUUAUGUAUUUCAAAUUUCAAUAUUUGCUUAAAAUACUUUUUUUUUAAGGAUUUUCUUAAAAUAUUUAUAGAGAACCUCCUAAAAAUGCUCUAAGCUUGACGCUAACUCAAUAGAUAAAAGAUACUAGUGGUCCAGAGUUGGACUCUCUUUUCUCAUAUCAAAACCUCUUAUGAAGACCAACCCUAUUUACUAAUCCGUCCAUUGCAUUUUAUUAGUCUUUUUGGAUAAAUAGACAAUGCAUUAAUAGCUUGACUAUAUUAUCUCUAUUUUUAUUGUUUCUAAACCCAUUACUAAUUUAUACUAGUUCAUAGUUGUGAUAGAAUUUAUACUACUUUAUAAUAAUUCAUAAUUUGUGAUUGUUGAUAUAUACUAAUUUAUUACAACUUCGCAUGUUAUUUUGUUAUUUCCUUUUUUUAUCUGUUUAAGUGUUUCCUUUCCCUUGUUUAAGUUGUUUUCCUUUUCCAUGUUUAAUUUGUUUUCCUCUUUCUCCUAGAUUUGUUUUGUUAUAUAAGAAAACAAAACUUGUGAGGAGAGACACUUGCUUUUCGAUAAUCAUUAACAACUUGAGAAGAUAAAAACUCUGAAGCUCUGUAACUUCUUCCACUCCGUUAGUAGGAUUUUGAUUAUAAGAAACCAUGUCUAAGAAAGCUCAGCCUAAGAACGCCCCGAUGGAUUUGUUUGAUAGUGAUGAUGAUACGUGUAGUUUAAGCUCCUUCUACACCAUGCGGUCUGAGAUACCACGCAUGGAUGAAGUUCAUGUUCAGAAAGAUGUUAUGUUGGAUCAGUCCCUUGAUGCUCUCUAUGAGAAAAGGAGUUCUACGAGAGAGCAAGCUUUGGCUUCCAUUGUUGACGCAUUCAAAAGUGACUUGCAGCAUGAGUUUGUGGAAAAGAACUUUGCCACCUUGUUGGAUCGGUGUUUACACUGCAUCAAGAAAGGGUCCACUAAAGAGUCCUUACUAGCAUCACAUGUUAUUGGGUUGCUAGCUUUGACUGCUGGACUUGGGGAUCAAGCACAAGAGAUUCUGGAAGAAUCCGUCACUCCUCUUUCUCAAGCCCUUAAAUCUAGUAGUGAAGCCUUGAAAAUAACUUCGAUUCUUGAGUGUUUAGCAGUCAUAACCUUUGUUGGUGGAGCCAAUGCAGAGCAAACCGAGAGAUCUAUGCAAAUAAUAUGGCAAAUGAUUGACCCUAAACUGGUUUCUAAUGUUGUUGCAACCAAAUCUUCACCUGCUGUAAUAACAACUGUUGUCUCUUCCUGGACGUGUCUGCUCACAACAGUUGAUAGAUGGACUCUAGGUCCCAAAAUUUUGCAAGGGACCGUGACUUAUCUCUCCACACUUUUGGAAAAGGAUGACCGAUCAGUACGUAUAGCUGCUGGUGAAGCUCUUGCUCUUAUGUUUGAGUUGGGAAUUCUAGAGAAGUUUGAUGCGGAAGCCAAAGGGUCUGAUAAUGGAUCAGUGAAAGAAGAAAGAGAGGCAUUGAUAAACAUGCAUAGAUUGAUAUCUAAAGUCACUGAUCAAGUUAGAGACCUCGCUGUAGAGGCAGGUGGUAAAGGUUGUGCUAAGAAAGAUCUCAACACACAACGAAGUUUGUUCAAAGAUCUGGUUGAAUUUCUUGAGGAUGGAGUGGCACCUGAAACCUCUAUAAAGAUUGGAGGGAGCUCUAUAGAGACGUCAACAUGGUGCCAGAUGAUACAGUUGAAUUUUUUGAAGCAUUUCCUUGGGGGUGGCUUUAUCAAGCAUAUGCAGGAGAAUGAGUUCCUACACGAUGUGUUUAGUUUCACACCAAAGAAGAUUGGUGGACAUUCUACUAUGACUAAUGAAGAAAAGAGGUUGUUUCAGUCGCCAAACUCAGCUGUCAGCAAAGCUAGGACGAAACUCAUGAAAAAGGAGAGGAUGAUAUCUCUAACAAGGAAGUUUUAUUCAAUUAGUAGUUGAUUCUAAAUCAUGUUUUUAAAAUCCAUUGUUGUUGGAUCUCUUAUUAUUUAUUUAUAAAUGACAAUUUUUUGGUUGUUAUUCAA